AUGCCGGUAAGGGUGGAUCCCACUCUGCCGCCUCCGGCUAAUUCGAAACAGCCCGGAAUAACGAACAGUUUGUUGUAUAAUGGAUCGAAAUUUCAAGGAUUUCAGAAAAGCAAAGGGAAUUCUUAUGAAGUCGAAGUGGUUUUGCAGCACGUCGACGAAGAAAAUUCUUAUUUAUGUGGAUACCUUCAAAUAAAUGGUUUGACAGAAGAAUACCCCAAACUGACAACGUUUUUCGACGGAGAAAUUAUAAGCCAAAAAUAUCCAUUUUUAACCAGAAAAUGGGACGCCGACGAAGAAGUAGACUUGAAACAUUGGAGUAAAUUUGAUCAAUUCGAUCAAUACUCAAAAAACUUCAAUUCGGACAACUUUGACUAUAGCCAAUUAGCGGACACGGAUUUCGUAUUUAUGAGAUGGAAAGAACACUUUUUGGUGCCGGACCACACCAUCAGGGACAUCAGUGGCGCUUCAUUUGCUGGAUUUUAUUAUAUUUGUUUUCAGAAAUCCCAAGCCACUAUUGAAGGUUAUUAUUAUCAUAGAAGUUCAGAAUGGUAUCAAUCGUUAACUCUUACACAUGUGCCUGAAAAUUCAAUACAAAUCUACGAGUUUAGGUAA